UCUUCAAACAAUAAAUCAUUCUAAUAUCUUUUUAUAUUCUUUAAAUUACAGUACAAUUACAGGUGGUGUUCAUCAUGGCAAUUCACUGUUCCUGGUUUUUAAUGAGCAUUGCUCAUCUUCACCCUGGUAACUUGAAUCAGAUCUUCAAUCAGGAACCAUCACUCAAUACUCAUCUACUACGGGUUCUUAUGUGGUCCACUUCUCUGGUACUCUUGAUGAAACGUCUAGCAGCCCUCAAACCGUUACAGGUUUACAUCUUUCAGAACUGUGUUAUCGCCGUAAUCCAAAGUUACCUCGAAUCUUACUCUGGUUGAAAUUGUUAUAAUUGGGUCAGAUAUGCAAAAAUAAUAGGAACCACAAUAGCUCAAUAUCCUCACCCGAGGCCAUGUAACGGUGUUUUACAAUGUACUUGGUAUUACAAUUGAAUUAAAAUCAAUUAUAAAUGACAAACAAAUUCAAGCACAAUGCAUGCACUUAGCAAAUUCACAUAUCGCCAUCUUUGAGGUUGAAAAGAAAAGAUAAUCUGGUCAACUUGGAAGGUUAAAUUAGUUUAAUUGCUUUUGAGGACAUGAAAAAAGAUCAUCUAAGAUGAAGGAUUUUUAUGAAAAUUUAUCAAAUUAGAUUGAAAUUUAUUCAUUUCACCAAACGUUUGGCUAUCUGUAUUAGAUGAAGUUUACUUCAUUUUUUUGAAGCUUAAAGAUAAACCAACCACACAAUUGUGCAUCAAUACAUUAACAAAUGGUUAGUAUUAAAAUGAGCUGAUGUGAAUCAAAUGAAAUUGAACAAUUUAGUGGUUUAAAAUUAGACAGAAUGUGGUGCGAAAGGAGAACAAGAAAGAGAGAUUCUAAGAGAAACUAGAUGAGCGUGACAGACAGUAACGAAAUGAUAGACAGUGGCAAACAGAAAGGAAGUGAGGGUGGAGAGAAAGAGAAAAAGAAAUUAAAAUAUGCUUAUUAUGAUGAUUGCUAUUAUUUAGGCCAAGCGCGACAUUAGAUGAAUAAAAAACGUAAACACGAAAGCAGGGAAAGAAAAAAAGAUGAAAUAAUUUUACAUCAAUAUGUUGUAUGAAAACAAAUCAACAGACCAGUUGGAAGUACUUGUUCACUGUUGUUCAAUAGAUCAGGAAUCUUUGAUUGUUUCAACUUAACUUGUGUAAUUUAUAAGUGCUUUUGAAAUGAAACAUAACUUGACCAGUCAUUAUCAUCAUUAAAUCAUCGCAAUAGUGAAAGUCUUUCUUGUUUAUUGUCCAUCUUAACCAUUUGGCUCUUGGAGAUUGUGUUUUGUGGCUUCAUUGACGAUUGAUCAAAAUGGUCAAAGGAUUUACCAAUUCACUUAUACAAUGUGUUUUGUUCACGUUCAACUUUGUUUUUGUUUGUUUUGGAGUCAUAAUUGGCGUCCUUGGUGGUUAUUUUCUGGUUAAAUCAACGGACUUCAAACAGAUAAUUGAUACACCGGAUACUGGGGCAAUAGUUGUUGUAUUAACUGGAAUUGCUGUGUUCAUUAUUAGUUUCUUGGGCUGUUUUGGUGCCGUUAAGGAAAAUUCAUGUCUUCUUAAAAUGUAUUGUUUCUGUGUUGGCAUCUUGUCAAUCCUGAUAAUUGGUCCACUAAUUAUCUUUAUGGUUUACAGUGUAAAGCUCGAUGAGAUUAUGGAAAAACAAUUGUUGACUGCUUUCACUGAAUAUCGAGUUAAUGAUCCCAAGAAAAAUUCAAUAUCAGCAGCAAUUGAUACCUUGCAUCAAACAUCCAAAUGUUGUGGAUACAAUGGUCCAGCAUGGUGGGCAGCCAAUUUGCCUGAAUUUGAAGAUAACACUGUUCCUGCUUCUUGUUGCUCGAACCAGAUCACAAUUGGUUUGAUGAAUAGACCACAAAAUAAAUGUACAAUUGACCAAGUAAAAUUUACUCAGGGUUGUGAAGGUGAGCUUAGGACGAUCUUGAAAUUAUUUUUUAAUACAAUGAUAACCAGCCUUCUUAUUAUUGGUUUAACACUCUUAAUUGCAGCAGCAAUUGCUUGUAUCUUAGCUAAUGCUGCCAGAGCUCAAUAAACUUUUACAUGUGUAACUAUUGAAA